GUGCGCCCCAAACCCUUCCGGUAUGUUUCCCGGCUCGAAGGGAGAGACGUAUGCAGACCUGCGCUUCUUGAUGCCCGGCACUCUUAGACAGCUUUCUUGGCUGACAUGUUGUACUCUUCCGCCACCGAAGAUCGACGGUGGACCCAGCGUGGACACGGCGAGAACUCGCUUGGACCUCACGUGAUGGACAUUUCGUCGUAAGGCAGGCUCGGACAUAAUCCUCUGUCUAGAAACUUGCACUACCCACGGCUCAAAGAGACGAAAAGGCAAGUAAGCAUUUCCCUUGUCGCCACGAAAAUUCCCCAUCUUAUCAAGACGGCGCGUCGGUGAAUCGGAGAUCAUCAGGUCAGCAUGUUUACGCGCUAUCUUCCUGAUGCCGGACAUUCUUUCCUGCUGCGUUCACCCGACACGCUUCAAACCAUUGAAUUGCACUGUCAACUGCGAUGCAGCUGUUUUCCGUUCCACCGAGCCCUCUGAAUAAGAGAGGCCGCUGAAUAGAGAUCCAAUACAACGUCCAUCCCAUCUACACAGCGCCUUCACCCUCACGCAUCACACUAUAAACCAUGUCGUCGCUCAGCAUCUUCACCAUUGGCGGCUCCCGCAACAUCGGGUACUUGUCUUCUAUCCGCUUUCUUGAAAUGGGAGCCACAGUGACUUUCCUUCUGCGCUCCCCAUCUGUCUUCGAUAAGGACGCCACCAUCCAGAAAUACGUCCAGGCGGGUAGCGCUCGGCUGAUCAAAGGAGAUGCGUUGAACGAAGCCGAUACGCGUCGUGCAUGGACCGCAGCCGGCGCCGUCGACGCAGUGGUCUUCACCGUCGGCACCGUCCCCUCCGGUUUCAGCAUCCGCAAAGGCUUCACGAUGAGCGAGCCGAACCUCGUCACCCAAUGCUACCUCAACCUUCUCUGCACGAUGCCCGCGACCAUCCCGCAGCCGAAAAUCAUCUCCCUCUCGUCGACAGGCAUCGGCCCCACGGCGUUCUCUGCGCUGCCCCUCAUCCUCAAGCCUCUGUACGCGACGCUCAACAUCCCGCACGAAGACAAGCUCGGCAUGGAGCGCGUCGCGGCGCACUGCGCCGGGUGGGCGUGGGACACCAAGGCGCUCGGCGAGCCGCCCGAGGACGUGAUGGGCGGCGCGAGCUGGACGCAGCGCGCCGGCCUUCCGCAGCCGGGAUCGCUGCACUCGGUCCUGAUCAUCCGCGCGGGAUUCUUGACGGAUGGCCCGUGCGUCGCGGACGAGGUAGCGAAGAAGGGUAAGGGGAAGAUGUAUCGGGUCAGCGAGCGGGAGACGAAGGGGAUCUCCAUUUCACGGAGCGAUGUCGCGCACUUCGUUGUCGAUGUCGUGACGAGGCGAUGGGACGAAUUUGGGAACAAGCGCGUGAACAUGACCUACUAGUCGUGCCUUGGAGUUCGAGUGAUGUGUCCAGUCUUCCAUACUUAGUGUCUGAUAUCAGUGGUGUAGUGGUCUAGCUCCCGCCGCACUAAUAAUUCUCCGCGAACGCAACCUUGCAUGACCAUCUUCCCGAGUUUCUUCCACUUGAGAUACGAAGUUUGAAGUCCCCGUUGACCGUUCCCGGCCCGGAUCGUGGUAAAAUCCUCAAGUGGCAGUGCAAAUCACACAGGCCCGCUUGCUGCCCUCACGUGGAAACACGACACCUCACUCCACUUCACGCACUGGUCCAGGUCAUACGCAUCAUGUCGGCUCUGUUUAACUUCCAGUCGCUCCUGCUCGUCAUACUGCUCAUAAUCUGCACCUGCACCUACGUCCGCGCGCUCUUCCCGAGCCUCAUCGACAGAAACAAGACCGGUUUCCUCGGGCUCUUCUUCAUGUCCGCGCGCAUUGGCGAACGACUCUCGCCGUACGUGUCACUCGCGUGUCUCAUCAUGGCGGCCACGAUGCUGUUCCAAUGACCGCCAUCCCCCCACCACCACCAAAAUCACAUCUUCCCUCGCCCCGAAUUACCACACGUCACCCCGAGCAGACGACGCGAGACGGACAGGACUGUACUACUGCUACCUACUACUUCCCUUCCAUAUGUUCCCUCGAAGCCCGGAGCGUGAACACAUAAUCCCCAUUACCUCGCAGCGAAGAACCGGAUGGUGCCAGGAAAGUUCGGGCGGAGGGAGGGUGCGUGCAGGAAGGAAAGGAGGCAGGAGUCAUCAAUCCCUCGUCGGAGCCGCAGCGUCAACACUCGGCGACGGCGGCGGACACGGACGGGAUCCCUUGGCGUCAGCGACAUCCUCGUCAUGUCUUGUCAUGUCAUGGGACUUCCUUCCCACACUCAUCUGCACGUACAUACAUACAUACAUAUUCGCUCAGCCCGCUCGUUCCAAUGACACCCAGAAAACGUCGACCCUGUGUACAUAAUGUCCCGGGAGGGCGGAAUCCCAGCACCAGCCGGAAUCCCGCUGUCCAACUCGGUCAUCAUCCGUGAUGCUUUUCGCUGCGCCGCCGGCCAUACGACGAGUACGGGAGCGGCUACGGCUGCGAGCUGCGAGCUGCCAGUGUUUAUCAGCGCGAUCCCGACCCGCCGCCGGCAAGUUUCAGUGACGGAAUCCAUCGAGAAACACAGCGUCAAAGAACCUCUCCGUCCGAUUCCAUAAUAUUGUAUAAUCAACCGAAAUCCCAUAAAACAAGGAGUGUGGCAAGUAGAUAGUGUAUUACAUGGGUAAAGAUAACAUCUAGACAACGAGGGUGAACAGAUUAUAUGUGCAGGGCCGUUACUGUAAUAGAUCAUGAAGGUAGUCGUGUCGGAUCCAAUUUCGUGCACCAGGACUGGAG